CUGGCGCGUUGGCCGACACGAGCGAGAGUCGGGUGCACUAAUCCUUUUCAUCGCUUUAGUUCAAACCCCCCAACAGCAAGAUGGUGUUGACCCAACGUGAAGAAGACAUCCAAAAGAUGCUCGCCGCCAUGGUGCACAUCGGUACGCGCAACGCCGACAGCCAAAUGGGUGACUACAUCUGGCGCCGCCGCAACGACGGCAUCCACAUCAUCAACGUGGGCCAAACCUGGGAAAAGCUCAUGUUGGCCGCCAAGGUGAUCGUGGCCGUGGAAAACCCCGCGGACGUCAUUGCCAUCUCGGCCCGCCCGUACGGUCAACGCGCCGUGUUGAAGUUCGCCCAAUACACCGGCGCCCAAGCCAUUGCCGGCCGCUUCACCCCUGGUACGUUCACCAACCAAAUCACCAAGCAGUUCCGCGAACCCCGCUUGUUGAUCAUCACGGACACCCGCACCGACUCGCAGCCCGUGCGUGAAUCCGCCUAUGUCAACGUGCCCGUGAUCGCCUUUGUUGACUCGGACUCGCCGUUGCGUUACGUCGACGUGGCCAUCCCUGCCAACAACAAGGGCAAGCUCUCGAUCGGUCUGUUGUACUGGUUGUUGGCUCGUGAAGUGCUCCGUCUCCGUGGCACGAUCUCGCGCGCCCUUCCUUGGGAAAUUGCCGUCGAUCUCUUCUUCUACCGCGACCCCGAGGAGUUGGCCAAGGCCGAAGAAGCUGUCGGUGCCUCGGACGAAACCGCCCGUGCCGGCUGGUCCAACGAAGCCGUUGCCGCGGAAACCGCGCAAGAGCAACCCAACUUGUACACCCCGGAACCUGCCCAGGAAUGGAGCACUCCCGGCGGUGAAUGGGGCGCUGAUGCCGCCGCUGGUGGCUGGGAUGCGUCCACCCCUGCCCCUGCUGCCUCCAGCUGGGAAUAAACCAACAAACGAAAGGAUUUGACGUGGGCAAGCUCCAUUACAUGGACAAAACGACGGUGUUAAGCGAUGGCACCUGGUUAAUGUAAUACUACGAGUGGAACCCAA